ACUAGUUAAAAUAACAAGUAGUUUAAUUUUGAGAGGAUCAUAAAGGCAUGGAAGCCAAUAAGGUGGAGAUCAUAUUGAAAGAAAUGAUCAAACCAUCAUCCCCAACUCCUUCACCUCUUAGAAUCCACAAACUAUCACUUCUUGAUCAAAUCUCACCUCCAGUUUUCAUCCCUCUAAUUUUCUUAUACCAACAUCACAACAAUAUCAAUCGUGCCACAAAGUUAUUAAAGCAAUCUCUAUCCGAUGCUUUAACGCGAUUCUACCCAUUGGCUGGAAGGCUCAAUAAUGAUAACAAAUAUUCCAUUGAUUGUAACGAUGCUGGAGCCGAGUUUAUUGAAGCUGAAGUUCAUGGUUAUAACCUCUCACAUGUUAUACAAACUCCAAAGAUGGAGGACUUAAGAGAAUUCCUCCCGCGUGUACUAGGAAAUGACGAUGAUGUCCUUCUAGCAGGGAUUGCAAUAGGUGUGUGCAUGUCACACAAAGUUGGUGAUGGCUCGUCCAUAGUGACAUUCAUCAAUGUAGAUAUCAGCUGUAUCAGCGAAAGAGCAGUAUCAGGCGGGAAAUCGGCUUCUUCAAGAUCACAAGUGAAGGAUCCCACUCGUAUGGAAGCUCUCUCAGCCUUUGUAUGGAAGCACUUCAUGAAAAAAGAUUCUAAAAAGAUGUUUGUUGCAGUUCAUGCGAUGAAUAUAAGGUCAAGAAUGAAUCCAACCAUACCGGACAACUCUUUUGGGAACUUAUGGACAGCUGCGCUAGCAUUUCCAGAAAUGAUGGCCAGUACUAAUGAUGAUGAUUUGGUGUACCAGUUGAGAAAUGCAAUAAGGAAUAUUAAUAGUGAUUAUAUUAAGAUAUUACAAAAUGGACAAGAUUUUCUGAAACAUAUGGGGAGAUUAGUGGAAAUGUUUUCAAAGGGGGAAGUUGAGUUUUGUAAUUUUACAAGUUGGUGUAGGUUUCCUGUGUAUGAAGUGGAUUUUGGAUGGGGAAAGCCAAUAUGGGUAUGCACUACCACUUUUCCAUAUGAGAAUAUGUUCAUAUUUGUGAAUACAAAAUGUGGAGAAGGAAUAGAAGCAUGGGUUAAUAUGCUCGAGGAUGAUGAUGACCUUAUUUAAUUUGAAGUUUCGAUAUGAUUUAGCCACAA